AUGGACGCCAACCCAGAUCUACCCAUCCCGGUCUCGUUGAUAGCUGGUCGUUACCUGCUUUUCGCCAUCGAUGCUGUCACGUAUCUACGUCGAGAGCAUCACAUCUGCGGAGUCACCAUUGGUACCCUUCCUCAGGCUCCGCAGCAGAAUGUCUUUCUGGGUCUGCCCCUGGAGCUGAUGCCCGAAGAAGUUCGACUUCUGGUUGAGAAAGGAUUGGCUUAUGUGAUUGAUGAUGCUAAAGCUCAUCAACAGGGCCUGGUCAAUGCUUCUGCACGGAAGAGAGUCCACUAUGUCAAGCAUCUACGGGACAAAGGACGACAAGCCGCAAUCUCCCAGGCUGGGGCCAAGGAACACUCGAAAGCUUUAGCUUUGAGCAAAGCUCGAUCGAAGGCCUUGAAAGCUCCGACGAUCAGAGCUGCAAGCCAUGAUGAAAGCGAGGAUACAAAUCUCACUGACACAGCUGAACACGACUCGCUCUUUGCCCCUUCCAGUCCGUCCGGACUAGCCACGUCAGAUUCGCAACCCAUAACUAACUUUGGUGUAACCCCUGCAUCUUCAGCAUCACUCCUGACUCCACCGCCAUCGCCUCCUGCAUCAGAAGCUUCACUCCCUGCAGUCCCAGAGUCGUACCCACUAUUCAAACAUCUUCACUCCAAUGGCUACUUCCCCUUACCCGGUCUGAGAUUCGGCUGCCAGUACAUGGUCUAUCCAGGCGACCCGCUCCGUUUCCACUCUCAUUUUCUGGCGUCAUACGUCGGCUGGGACGAAGAGCUGGACCUGAUGGAUCUCGUCGGAGGCGGUCGUCUCGGCACAGGCGUGAAGAAGGGCUACCUCAUUGGUGGCGUGGAGAAGAAAAAGAAUCAGGACAUCCCAGACAUGCAGACCGAGCGUGUGCGAACCUUCAGCAUUGAGUGGGCUAGCAUGUAG